GAGCUGUUGUUUGAAGUGGUAAAACGUGUUGCAACUAACUUACUAUUGCCAAGUAAGAAAGCAUCACUCAGUAGAUAUUCUAGAACUGAUGAACGGAUAUGUCUGACUCUAUAGAAAUGGGUGAAGAAACUGUUAGUUUAACUCGUCACAAUGCUGCAAGAUGUACAGUUGCUAGACGUUGUCGGGAAUUUUAUCUUCGUAGAUUAGAAAGAACGGAAAUUAUGAAAAGGAGAUGGAGUAUGUGUACUGUAGAAGAAAAUGAUAAAAUUAUUACACCUAAGAAGACAUCUUCCACGCCGGAUAUCACCGAAAGUGUGGAACAAUUAGAUGUAGAUGGAAAAGAAUGUUUAGACUCUUAUAACGAAAGAUGUAGUUUGGAUUUAGCUAUGAAAUGUCUUAGACAAGAAAUUACUUCUUUGGUAUCUCAAGAUAAUGAUUUAUUUCGUCAACUGUUAACACUCCACGAUUCGAUAGCAGAACUAAGGGAGAAGCACAAUUCAGUGAUGAUCACGUGUUUGAACGAAGAGCCAGAUACAAGCCACAGCCCCAGUUGGGAAUCGCUUUCGGAUACAGACCACACAAUGUCACCAACGUCGACUUUAUCUUCGUGUUCUAGUCAGUCGCAGUCUAUGAUAUCAUUUGGUACCCCUGGUGGUAUGCGACGUCACACCACCACCGAAACUGAUUACAAUGUAUGUAUGAGAUGUCGCACCGGAAGUAAAGGAGCACCACCUCGACGUAGAAGUGUUCAUCACAUUUAUACAUUAGAUGAUAUUGAUUCGUACGAUUCUGGUGUACAAUUACACGGUUGUCAUUCUGAUUCGGAUCACGAAAUUUUUGUAUAAUUAUUAAUUUUUUAAUAUGAGUGUGUCUUAAUUUUCUUGAGUCGAGAGAGACUUGACGCUAAAAUUCCUUGGCAUCUGUGAAAGAUGAAAUUAUCAAGGAGUUUAAAUAUAAGGAAUGUUUAUUAAAAGGAAACUUUUGGAUGCCACACAAGUGUGGCAGUCAGUAUUUACUGUAAUUUUACCUAGUCAUUCCGCCAAUUAUAUUAGGUAAUUUGUGUAUAAAAAUCGUAAAAAAUAAAUUUUCAGUGUCUUAAAAA